GCAGCAGGGGAUAUGGUGGCUUGCGGCUGAGUUGUAUGGUGUUUGACAACAAUGCGAAAUUGACGCAUUGUCAUUGAAAUAAGCACCCGGACCCUUCGACGACUGCAAAGUCUUUAAAACCGCUGGAACUACAGUUGGAUAUCUCAUCUGAGGAUAGAAAGACCAACGGUGUCAAAAAUGAAUGUGACUCUGGCAGUCAAGCAGUAUGUUUCCAAAAUGAUUGAAAACAGCGGGCCGGGCAUGAAGGUCCUUCUCAUGGAUAAAGAGACGACCAGCAUCGUGAGCGUGGUGUACACGCAGUCAGAGAUCCUUCAGAAGGAGGUCUACCUGUUCGAGCGGAUCGACUCUCAGAACAGAGAGACCAUGAAGCACCUGAAGGCCAUCUGUUUCCUUCGCCCGACCAAGGAAAACGUGGAGAACUUGAUACAGGAGCUCCGUCGGCCCAAGUACAGCGUCUAUUUCAUCUAUUUUAGCAACGUCAUCAGCAAGAGUGAGGUGAAGGCCCUGGCGGAGGCAGAUGAGCAGGAAGUGGUGGCGGAAGUUCAGGAGUUCUAUGGAGACUUCAUCGCUGUGAACCCCCACCUGUUCUCGCUCAACCUCAUGGGUGUGGCCAAGGGCCGGAGCUGGGAGCCCACCCUUCUGGCACGCAGUACCCAGGGCCUGACCUCCGUGCUGCUGGCCCUGAAGAAGUGCCCCAUGAUCCGCUACCAGCUGAGCUCCGACAUGGCCAAGCGGCUGGCCGAGAGCGUCAAGCAAAUCAUCACGAAAGAGUACGAGCUUUUCGACUUCCGGAAGACCGAGGUGCCUCCGCUGCUGCUGAUCGUGGACCGCAGCGACGACGCCAUCACCCCGCUGCUCAACCAGUGGACAUAUCAGGCCAUGGUGCACGAGCUGCUCGGCCUGAACAACAACCGUAUCGAUCUCUCCCGAGUACCGGGCAUCAGCAAGGACCUGCGGGAGGUGGUGCUGUCCGCUGAGAACGAUGAGUUCUACGCCAAUAACCUAUACCUGAAUUUUGGUGAGAUCGGCACCAACAUCAAGAACCUGAUGGAGGACUUUCAAAAGAAGAAGCCAAAGGGUCAGCAGAAGCUGGAGUCCAUCUCUGACAUGAAGGCGUUUGUGGAUAACUACCCCCAGUUUAAGAAGAUGUCGGGCACGGUGUCGAAGCACGUGACGGUGGUGGGGGAGCUGUCCCGCCUCGUGAGCGAGAGGCAGCUGAUGGAGGUAUCAGAGGUGGAGCAGGAGCUCGCCUGCCAGAACGACCACUCCAGUGCCCACCAGAAUGUGCGGAGGCUGCUGCAGAACCCCAAGGUGAGCGAACUGGACGCGGUGCGCCUGGUGAUGCUCUACGCCUUGCGCUACGAGAAGCACAGCAGCAACAACCUGCCCGGCCUCAUGGAGGACCUCAACAGGAAGGGCGUGUCCGAGAGAUACCGCCGGAUGGUGCAGUCCGUGGUGGAGUACGGCGGGAAGCGGGUGAGAGGAAGUGACCUCAUCACUCCCACAGAUGCGGUGGCCAUCACCAAGCAGUUCUUCAAGGGACUGAAGGGUGUGGAGAACGUGUACACACAGCACCAGCCCCUGCUGCAUGAGACGCUGGACCAGCUGAUUAAGGGCCGUCUGAAGGACAGUCAGUUCCCUUACCUGGGCCCCAGCACCCUGAGAGACAGGCCCCAGGACAUCAUCGUAUUCAUGAUCGGCGGGGCAACCUACGAGGAGGCUCUGACCGUCUACAACCUGAACCGCACCAUGCCCGGGGUCCGCAUCGUACUGGGCGGCACCACCAUCCAUAACACCAAGAGUUUCCUGGAGGAAGUGACGACAGCAGCCGGCACGGGACACGGUGGCGAGAGGUCACAGGGGGUGGGCCGGCACCCGAGCAGGCGCUGAGAGGGAUUCCAAGCACCUCCAGAGGAGCACCCCAGGGCGCAUGACAUCUUCGGACAGCCUUGCUGGCGACCCAGAGUCCCGCUCUCCCCCCUGCACACAUUCCUCCUCUGCUCCACACGAGACUGAGCGACUCCCAUAAUCCUUUGCUUUUGACAUGUGCAGUGAAAGGUUGACGUGUCUCCUUGGCCAGGUGACAUAUUCCUUGUGGCAUUCCUGUUUCCGGGGCGAGUGACAUCACUUCCCACCCGUGUACAUCGGCGUUUUUUGCAGUUCUGUGUGCUGUUGAACCACACUUUGAAUGACAACCCCUAUCACACAUGCAGUCAUAUCCCUAAAAUUGUCACUCCUUAAAAUAUGCUGAGUUCAUGCAAUGUAAUGCAAGGCUUUCCUGUUCCUGAUAAACAGUAGAUUUGAUUUGAAACCUUUGAAAAGCCUCCCCAGCCGUAUAUAUAUAUCUCUCUUUCAAUACGGCUGCUCCUCAUGACCUGACCUGACAUGUAAAUUCAUUUUACCAAAGGGGAUUUACAAAGUUUUUUUUUUUUUUUUUUUUUUGCUGGAGCUGGAGAAAGCUGGAUAGCUUUCUACACUGAGUAUUGGUAAUACAAAGUCACUGUUUGGACAUGCCAGUGGUAGACACUGAUGACUGAAUACUACUUGCUUGGUUUGCGCUUCAGUUUUGAUUAAAUCAGAGCACUUUCUAACCGAAAACAAGAAGUGAACAGGCACUAUUAAUGCCGCCUGGGUUUGCUUUGCUUUUCUGGCCCUGUGGUCCCUCUGUCUCCCUGCAUCAGAGAUUCAGCUUAGAGAGACAGAGGGCAGAGGAGGGGGACCACAUGGCUCUCAGAGGAAUUCCCAAGGCCGCAUACCAGAGCAAAAGGCCAGCCAAGCGGUCAUUUGCCCCGCUGGAGAGGUGAUCUGUCUUGUUUGUUAGUGGAUAUCUCUGUAACACACGGGAGAUGUCGGAAGCCGUUCCAGGCCAGGUUUUGGGGAGGUGAAGGCGGGAACCCCGAUGUCUGGGGUCAGAGGAGGGCGGUGCCCCCCACACCAAAUGACCCAGUGCACGGAAGGGGGACGUGAUGAUGUGUGCGGGGUUUCACCCAGGAGCCUGGCACAGCUGGCCCAGAAUGCAACACAGUGGGUGUCGUCACCCUGAGCCAAUGAGAGUGGAGGGCUUGCACCUCUGACCAAUCGGGGCAGGGCGUGGUUUGCAGACACAGAUCCUUGUUUUCCACUGAGUCAGCCCGCGCUGCAUGGGCUUGUGGUCUCCGCUCCUCAGGACGGCGGCAGCUCCCUGCUUAUUAACGCGGCUUCAGUCGAGGAAUCGAGGACCUCAGACUCUCUAUCUUUAUCUCUCUCCCGACCGCACGCUGGCGCAGAAUCUCAUCUGACCUCCCGGAAAGCAGUCUGGCCUCAAAUUUCAGCAGAGCGCUGUCAGCUUCUGUCAUAAGCCAUGCAACAUUUUCAUUUUGUUUAAAAUCAUAUAUUCUAUGCCUAGCAAGCAUCCUCCACUAGGGCGUUUUGCUUUGCUCAUAUCUUGCGUAUUAUCUGUUUAAACAGCUGGAUUUUCACUGAUGAAAUUCAGGGGCUUUACCCUGCCCAAGGGUGCUGCACCAGAGCCCUGUCGGGCAUUUCACCCCGCAAGUCUGAGGUUUCAGUCUCCGUUCCCGAACCACAGCGGCUUGCUGCUGUACAUAAAGAGCAAUGCAGGCUGAAACUCGUAAUAGCAAACAUCGGGCAGCAUUUUUUCAAGACCCACAAACGUUUGGUUUCCUGUUGUAAUGCAUAAAAUGCUCAGCUUUUGUAACAAAUCACAUCUUUUUUGUUAGAGGCUGAAAUAAGCUAAAAACACUGUCUUUGUAGCAGGAAAGAAGAAUGAACAUGCCCUUAUAUUUGUCACUGAAAAUUGAGGUCAAACUGUUUUGUGGAAGUAUUUGGGCCACAGGCCUAAGUUGAAAUGUAUAGCGAGAGUGUAAUGGAGUGCGUUGGGAUAUUAACUUGGUUUGUCCAGAGCUCUGAAUGUGUGGAAUAAUUUUCAAUUCUGGCUGCAGAUAUCUUGAAAGACUCCCUAAUGCAGAAUCAAAAGGCUGUAUGAAUUGGAGGCCAUCUGACUUAUAGAUUCACAUUGAUCCAAAACUGAAAUCCAAUGACCCACAGAUCAGCUUUUUUCACACCCUAAGUUAUAUGUGUGUAUGUAAAACUGUUUGGUCUUUUUCAUUAUUCUUGUG